ACCUAAAACCGAAAAACCGAGUAAGUCAUAUUAUUAUGCAUUAUUUCCAUUUGCGAUGUUUUUGAGGCCCCUUAAUAAUAAAAACCCUCCCAAACAAAACUUUUACCAUGACGGUGUCUCCGGCUGUUUGCGUCUACAACUGUCAAAUCUGUUUGCCAGAAUAGAAAAACACACCAAAACCACGGUGAAAAGUUAAAAACUAUUGAAAAAUAUAAAUACAUAUAACAAAUAAGAUUAAAAUAGAAGCUGAAAGCAGCAAAACAAUGGUGAUUGAAAGUUCAUCUAAUGGCAAUGAGGGCAAAUCCAAUAAAGAUUCGGAGGAGCCGCUACAAGCGGAGCCAGAAGCUGACGUCGACUCGGUGGCCGCGAAUGAAGAGGAGCGCCAAGAACGCGAGGAACUUAAUAACUUUAUAAAUGAAUUACAAUCAAAAAUUAAAGCUAAAGCGCAACUGCGCGUUGAAAAUCUUAACUGUGAACAUCCUGGUGAUGGUUUCUUUGCCAAACUAGAUUCCAGCUUGAAGCGCAACACGGCAUUUGUCAAGAAGUUGAAGCAGUUCACCGCUGCUCAAUUGGAUGCAUUGCUGAAAGACAUGUGCGCCCUAAAUUUGAGUAAAUACAUCUCAGAAAUUUGUGCGGCACUUUCGGAGGCAAAGUUAAAAAUGACCGAUGUACCGGCGGUGGUAACACUCUGUUCCCGCUUACACCAAACUUACGCUGACUUCGACACGCAAUUUCUUGAAGCAUGGCAGAAAAUUCUUUCUUUGAAACCAGGUGAAAAGAUCUCAAAUCCAAGUAAAUUACGUGUGGACUUGCGCUUAUUUGCUGAGCUUGUUAGCUCGGGAGUGAUCAGUGGUAAACAGGGGCUGCAAUUACUUGGAUCCGUGCUCAUCAAUGUGAUCUCGCAGGAUAAAGAAGAUCAUAGUAACUUCUCAAUCAUAUUGUCUUUCUGUCGACAUUGCGGCGAGGAGUAUGCUGGGCUCGUGCCACGCAAGAUGCAAAAUUUGGCAGAAAAGUAUGGUGGAGUGGUGAUUCCUAAGUCCGAUUUCCUAGCGCCCGACAGACAGCAAAAUUUGCGUGGUUUAUUAAAGGAUUAUUUCAAAAAUUUAUGUAAGCACUUGCUUUCCGAACAGCAGGAGCUGUUAAAUAUGACCAAGAGCAUACGGCGAACUAUGGAAUCAAAAGGUGAAAUCUCGAAUGAUAAAAAAGAAAAAUGCGAGCUAAUGCAAGCAAAUUUCGACAAACUACUGUCGUCAGCACAAACGCUCUCCGAUCUACUCGAUGAACCUUUACCGGAGCUUGCAACAGAAUCAGAAAAUUGCAAUCCGGGUACGGUUAUCGAAAAUAUGCUCGAAGUUGCCACAAUGGGAGAACUAGAUCCAUGGGGCGAUGAUGAAACCAAAAGUUUUUACACAGACCUGCCAGAUUUACGGCAAUAUCUUCCGAAUUUUUCUGCUCCAAAAAUCGAUUUGGAUCAAAAUGAAGAGCCCACGGAGAUGACGGAGGAAGCACUUGAUGCGGAUAUUGAUGUGGAGAUGGAUAUAGAUGACCCUCCCUCAACAGCAUCAGAUCCGCCGAAUGACAAAGACGCGGAGAUCGCAGCCGAACCAGGUAGUGAAGAGUCGGCGACGCCAGCACCGUUACCAGACAAAAUCGCAAACGCCCUAAUGGAAGCUGGGCGCAUGGGUGCAGGGCAGGUGUCCCACAGCAAGCAACAUUUCGAUCAAUUUUUGAACAAUUUAAAUAAUUGUGUCAAUAAAGAACUUAUUGACUCGGCAGCAAUUGAGUUCCUGCUGAAUUUCAAUACAAAAAAUAACCGUAAAAAACUCACGAAAUCAAUUUUCACAGUGCAGAGAACACGCUUAGAUUUGCUGCCGUUCCUAUCACGUUUUGUCGCUAUUGUCAAUCUUUGCAAUACGGACGUUGCCACCGACUUGUCGGAAAUGCUGCGAAAAGAAUUUAAAUGGCACAUACGCAAAAAGAAUCAGCUUAAUAUUGAAUCGAAAAUCAAAAUUGUACGCUUCAUUGGCGAGAUGGUUAAAUUUGGUCUCUGCAAAAAGUUUGACGCGCUCAGUUGUUUAAAGAUGUUGCUACGUGACUUCCAGCAUCAUCAAAUUGAAAUGGCUUGCGCAUUUAUUGAAGUCGCAGGCGUAUAUCUCUACAACUGUCGUGACUCCCGCUUGCUUACGAAUGUCUUCCUCGAUCAAAUGAUGCUAAAAACCGCUACCGCUUUGGAUUCACGCCAUGCCGCGCAAGUAGAAAGUGUUUAUUAUCUGGUCAAACCCCCAGACAAUAAACAAGAUGCUGUGGUACGUCCGGUAAUACAUGAGUACAUACGUCAUCUGAUUUUCGAAGAGUUAUGCAAACAAAAUGUAGAUCGUUGUAUAAAAAUGAUGAGACGUAUCAAUUGGGAGGAUCCAACAGUGAGCAGCUAUGCCAUAAAGUGUCUGUCCAAGGCAUAUUUGCUACGUUUUCCGCUCAUACGCUGUCUUGCUGAUUUGGUGUCAGGUUUGAGCUCAUACCAAGAGCGGGCUGUAACCAUGGUUAUUGAUAAUGUUUUCGAGGAUAUACGCGCUGGUUUGGAAAUACACUCGCCAAAAUUAGCACAACGCCGCAUAGCAAUGGCCAAGUAUCUCGGUGAACCGUACAACUACAAGUGUGAGUCGACCAAUAUUUUGAAUACACUUUACUCGAUAAUCUCACUGGGCGUGUCAACGGAAGACGGUGUAUACUCAGAAUUAGAUCCGCCAGACAGUUUGUUUCGUUUGAAAUUGAAUUGUGUUUUGUUGGAUACGUGUGGACAGUAUUUUACUAGUUCAAUGAGUCGCAAGAAACUUGAUCUACUUCUCUAGGUGUUUUUUCAACACUAUUAUUGGUAUAAAAAAUCACAUCCGGUGUUUAGUAAAGUGGAAAAUACUUCGGAUCUUUUCCCUAUACUGGUGGAUCAUAUGUAUCGCGAUUGCUUGGCUAAUGUACGACCGAAAUUGAAGCUGUAUAAAAGUCUCGAACAAGCCAAGGAAGCGAUUGAGAAACUAAAGGAAGAAUUAUAUCCGCAAUUAAAAGAAGGCAUGCAAUUGCAAACUGAAGGUGAGAGCAGUCUCGAACCUAUACGCGAAGACAGUGAAUUUGAUGAUAUGCUCAGUGACGAUUCCUCUUCUGAACGUGAACCACGCGCCCGUGCACCCGACGUUGGAGGAGAUGAUGAUCCCAAUACCGAGGAUGCCAACAAUGCCAAUGAGCUGGCCAACACAACUGACUGGACUGAAAAUGAAUUCAUGCUCGAAGAUUGUGAAAGUCGUGUGCCAGAAAAAUCGAAAGAGGAUAUGGAGUUCGAACAAAUGUUUGAAAAAAUGGCAGCAGACAGUUAUCAGGAGCGCAUCAAAGAAACUGUUAAACCAAAUACGAAAGACAUACCGGUACCAAUGAUGGCUAGAACGAGUAAGAAAUCCUAUGAGCAAAUUACUACUCCGAGUGGCAAUCAGUCGUGUAGUGAAAAAGAGGCAGCAAAAAGUACCACUGCCAAUGCUGCUGGCGGUGCAGUGCCAUUUGUGCUGAUGGUACGUGGUGGAAAGGGAGGCAAACAACAAUUUAAACAAUUUGUGGCCCCAUCCGAUUCGCAAUUGGCCAUUAACCUGAAGCUGCAGGAAGAGAAGACACGAGAAGAGAAGGAAAAGGUAAAGCGUUUAACGCUAAACAUAACCGAACGUAUAGAAGAAGAGGACUAUCAGGAAUCUUUGAUGCAAUCACAACGCAGCUUGUCGCAGAACCAUUAUCAACGCCCGAGCAAGCCAAAAUUCCGACAUCAAAAGGGUGCACCAGAUGCAGAUUUGAUUUUCAAUUAAACGCGUAUUGGGGCACUCAAAUGGAUAUCUUUCGUUCCGAUAUAUGCAGGGUUAAAAUACUGGCCGCACACUGACAUCGCAAACCCAUGCAUUUGCAGUUGGCUCGCACAAAAAGUUGUUAAGUUGUGAGUGAAAAUGACGAAGCUAUGUGCAAGUUGAAGUUGAAGAAGUAAUAUGUAUGUGUCUGUAUGGUUUGCGUGGGGUCAUCACCAUUGAAGAUGAUAAUUAAAAGGAGUACAUUUAAAGUAACAACUGAAAAAGGAAAUAAGUUAUUUUUGGAUUCGUUAAAAAUGUAAUGCAGUAAAAUUUACUGAAUAAACUAUAAUAAUUAGAACAAAAGGUCAUUUGAAUUUCUACAGGGACAAAAAA